GGGACGCCUCGGUCUCACUUCGGUCACGGUCACUGGAACUUUUGCUUCUCUCUUCCAUCUUUCUCUUCCAUCUCUUCCUUCUUUUCAUCUCUGCAUCUUCUCAUCACGAGAAGAAUAUCAUCUCAUCUUCAUCCAUCAUCUCGUUGUCAUCACCAUAAUCCAUCUUCAUCCUCCGUCCCCCUGCGUCAUCAUCUCCUUACUUUCUCGGCCUCGGGAGCUUCUCCACAUUCGGUUGCCAGACUAAUCACUAAUCUUACUGCCACUCAUCUUCGGCUGGGGCCCUCCGCAAAUGCCAUCGCCCUUCUAUGCGACGCUCCCAUGCCCAUGCUCUGACUUCAUUUGUGGAUUAAAUCUAAAUCCUUCCCAAAAUAAUCAACCCAUAAUUUGAAAAUUAACAAUAUUUCCCCAAAAUUCCAUUUUCUCAAUUCUCCCUGUCCUCCCACCCUCCCGUCGCCUCCCGAGUCGGUCGCUUGCUUGCCCCUUCCGGCUGCCCGAUCCUGCACCCUGGUCGACCUCGUCUGCCUCGCUUCCCCAGAUCCUGGUUCAUUCUCCACGAUCCGCUUGCGGAUUCCGGCCGUGGGCCUUAACUACCACUGUUCCGGUCCUCAUGCCUCUUCUCCCUCCUCUUUCUCUUACUUGACCUUUGCCUGCCGCCUGUCCAACCUACGCUCUUCAUUUGCCGUGCUUAGGGCAUCCUGGCACCGCACAUCCUUCUACCUACCCUCCAUUGCCCUCCCUUGCUGCUGCUUCUUCUUCUUCUUCUUCUCCCCCCCCAUCUUUCCUCUUUUUUUCUCUUCCCUCUACUCACGCGAAUGUUUCUACUUCGUCCUUCGGGAAGACGCUACUACUUUGUGCUUAGGCCACUCUGAAUCGACUGAAGCCAGCCGAUUUCUCCGAGACAAGCCUCCGCUCUGCUUCCUUCUAUUCUACCCCCUCAGCAAACAUGCGGUCGAGCAUUGCCUGCGCCCGCUGCCGCAGGAGCAAGAUCAAAUGCGUCAACGCCGGUAUUGACACGACUUGUCGCGCGUGCGAGUCCUCCGGCCGCGAAUGUGUCUAUCCCACACCGGCCAUUGGCGCUGGCGGCGGUGCUGCGAAACGAGACAUCGGCGCCGUGGCCGACGGGGAGGAUCGCAAUGCGGAAUGGGACGGUCCCAAGAGGCAACGGCCUCGCAGGUCCGUUGGUAUGUCCGCCGCGAAGGACGCCGCCAAGGCCCAUGUCGAGGCCUUGGACUCUUCGAUCCUCACCUUGAAGACGUGGGAGACCGCCAUCGACCUCUUUCAGUCUCACUUUGCAACCCUCCUUCCUUUCCUCCACCCCGCCACCUUUCUCAGCCACCUCCGACAGCUCUCUACGCCGGAUUCUUCCUCCGCCGGUCGCAGUUCUCAUAGUCCUCCCGCCCCCAAAACCGAACCCUCCCCCUUCAUCCUCCUCGGCAUCCUCACCCUUACCGCCCGCUUUCACCCUCAGUUGGUCGCCUACCACUCCCCCUCCACGGCUGGGAAUCCUUCAAACCCUCUUGUCGCCUCCGAGUUCUACGCAAGGACGUUGCGCAGCCGACUGGCCGGCGCUGACGCCGCCGGUCUCUGUGUACCGGAUUUGACGCGGGUGCAGGCGUUUCUCAUGCUGGCAUUGCACGAAUGGGGCAUGUGCCGUGGAAAGAGCGCCUGGGUUUAUGUGGGCGUGGCCAUCCGACUGGCACAGGCGAUGGGCCUCCCAUUUGAGUUGGACAACGACCUGGUGACCGGGGAUGCCCAGUGGUCCGCUGCGGGCCUCAAGUCCGACCCGGAGAAUUUCGGGUCCACACGACGGGUCGACCAGCGGGAACAGACUUCGGACGAAGUCAUCGCCCUGGAGACCAAACGUCGUACGUUUUGGUCUUGCUUUCUCCUCGACCGCUGCUUGAGCACCGGCAAGUACCGGCCUCGCAUAAUCCGAGUCAAGGACCUGAACAUUCAGCUUCCCAGUGAUAAUGCCUUCGCAUUCGGUGAGCGCGUACGCACAUCGCGUCUGAGCGAGCCUAGUGGACGCCGUCCGACUGCGUUUGGUUCCCAGAGUCUGCAGAUCCCCAGUCUCCGCCAUAGCCUCGGCUUCGCGGAUGACAAGAUGCCCGCCAACGGGCCUCAAGACGCCAAGGCUUGGUCCCCCGUAUCCCGGCGGAAAGAUUCGGGAGAGGAGGACAUCGACCGCUGGGAAACUGGAGCCGAGGAGCCAGUACUGAGUCGGGUCAUCCGCAUCAUCCGCGUUUGGGGGAGUCUUGUGAAGUGGUCCUGUGCUGGAGGGCGACGAACCGAACAAUAUCCUCCCUGGCACCCUGAUUCGCACUUCAACAAGCUACGAUCGAUGCUUGCGGAUUUCCAGGAUGGCCUCCCGCGCAAUUUACAGUACUCGCCGCGAAACACUGAUACACACAUGUACCGGAAUACGCUGGCGCCUUAUAUGAUGAUGCAUGCGAUCUAUUUCCUGUCGACAAUUAUGCUCCACCGUUCCUACCUGCCGUUUCUGCCCUUACGGUGCAGUGAACCCAUGGGACCGCUGGACGACCCCUUCUUUCCCAUAGAUAAGAUGAUCGCCCCGGACGGCUUCUGGCAAGAGAACGCCAAGGAGCUGUUCAGAACAGCGCGGGAGAUGAUUGACCUGGCAGUGUCCUGCCAAGAGCGUGGUGCGCUGGUCGAGAAUUGUCUGGUUGGGUUUGCCAUCUACAAUGCUGUCUUGGUUGGCGUGUAUGCAUCUCAUUUCCCUCACAUGGAUCAAGAGGGCUUUCUCUCUCCUAAGUCUACGUCGGGGGAGGCCAAUGCUGGCCAGAUACAGGCCUUACGGAAGGCCCUCGACAUCCUGCGUCAUAUGCGACCGCGCCUGAAAAUGGCCACGGGGUGGUUUCGGACGCUCAAUCGCGUCCACAGCUACUUUUCCAAGGUGAAAAGGGAUUCGACACGUUCUGGAGCGCGCAAAAUCGACAUCAAGUCGGAUCCGGGGGAUCAGCAUGCAAAUGGGGUGCGAUCUGGCAGUGUCAGUGGCCCGGAGGAGGUCAGAGUGCUUGAGAAGCUGUUUCUGGAAUUCGGAAUUGCCGAGGAUCAGCUCCCUGAAACCGGUGCAGAGGAGGACACGGCAAUGACUACGGAUGCGCUUCCCGAUCAAGUAACCAAUGCCAGUGAUGCCGGUAGUACGACAGCUAGGAGUGACCUCGGGGACGGCAGGGAGCCUCUCCCAUUGAUCGACAGCGCAGGCAAUCGACGGGAGUCGUGGGUAACCAUCAACGGCUCCAAUGUGCCACUUCCGGGGCCUGACCUGGAGCGUCGGCCGAGUCUCCCCAUGCCUCCGGGGCUACCUCGGCAGUCCCCACCGUAUACCCUUCCAUCCUUGCAACAUCCCGAUGGACCGAUAUUCAGCACAACCUCCCCCAGUCUGCGGUCCAUUGCGGCCCCGUCUCCAUCGUACGCCUCCCCACCGACCAGCCAGGCUCCUGCUCAGUAUCUGGGGGCCCCCUCCACCCGGUUGCAGCCGAUCAACUCCUGGCUCACAUCUCGUCAACAAGCACCGCCACCACCUCCAUCAUAUUCUCAGUCCCUUCCACCCAUCAACGCUUCUUCUCCAUCUAGUUUAGCCAUGCUGCCUCCGCCGGGGGCAGUCAACUACGGCGUCACAUCUCCCCCGGCCACAGAUUCAGGAGAUAAUGGAGCCCAGAAUGUCGUCUGUUUCGGGGGCGAUGAUCUGCUCGCCUUCUUGGACGGCUGUGAAUGUGAACAAUGGCCGUCGAUGACUACAUCGGAGAUUGGGAUCCCUGCUGGCUGGCUCAGCACGGUGUGGGGCGAGUUGGGACGGUAAUGGCUUAUUGUUUUCUUGCUGUUGACAUUUUCUUUGGCAAUUGGAAGCAUCUUUUGGUGUGGAUUCGUUGUAUAUUAUGUGUUUGCACUUCCUCUCACUCCAUUGGGUUUUCUUUUUCUGUCUUUAUUUAUGCUGCACGGAUAUAUUAUACCCGGCCAUGCAGUGACGACCAUCCAUGAGGCAAAAGGGCAGCAAAAAAGGUGUAUUGGUCAUGAUUCUUAAGUUGAUAGGUUGUACAGUGGCGGUUAUCCUAUCUUCUCUCUCUUUUUUUUUUUUUUUUUAUAUAAUGGUUGACAGGACUAUCGUUUAUCUUGUUGACGUUGUUGAUUUGGCAUGACUGAUGGGUAUGUAUGACUAUGGACUGGUCUGUUAAUCCUCUUCUGUUUAGUUUGAGGUAUGGAUGAUGAUGUAUGUUGUACUUGUCGGUGCAAUGUAAAUAUGUACAUGCGAUAUCUGUUUGCAGCAAACAUAGUGACACGUCGGAUUGUAUCCAAGCAGAAGAUAAAUAAGCGACAUGGCCGGCCCGAAUAGAAUGCCU